AUGGAAAGCCCUGUAACUAUUGUGGUCUCCCGAAAAAAAACAUCAAAUAAGGAGUUAAAAGAAUGCACCGAAGUAAACAAACGCGUAUAUAAUGCGAAGUAAGUGUGUUCAGUGUGGAGUACAAUAAGUAACAUAUUAAAAAUGGAGAACUGAUAUGUGAUGUACCGGUUAAGGUUUAACCAUUAACAAUCCUUGUGUUUCACCCUGUAUAUUUGUGUGGCAGAUAUUCAUCUUGCAGUUUUAUUGUUGGUUCGCCACAAAUCUAUUUGGCAUAGAUUUUAUAUUAAUAUUAUGUCAUUAGAGUGACGGACCACUAGAAAAGUGAUGGCAGGAUGGGUUUAUAUUUGCAUUUUUUGAGAUCGUCCUCUGUGUAAGUAUUUUUUUAUAAAUGUGUUACCUAGCAAGCAACAUUUUUUUAGCCAAUACAACUAUAUAAAUUGAAACCGUUGUCUUAAAAAAUGUUUCUUCAUUUAUACAGCAAAAUCGAAAUACAAAAAAAAAACUAUAUAUAGAGAUUGUUAUUGACAGAGGCAUAUUUGGAAGCUUGAUCAACAUAGGGCGCUCCUGCCACCAUGGGGAUCAGGAAAUUGGGUUGUAAUGGUGCUAUUUGAACUUCAGAAUUAUUGGUCAAUAUGAUCCAUUGUUUAUAAUGAGGUGUAAAAAAUAUCAGACGAGGUGGAAAACUAUUUCAGGUGAGCAUCUCCCUUCAAAAGUACACUCUCCAUUCCGGAGAAACAUAGGGCAUUAAGAAAUCAGAAAAUGAGAGAAUAAAAACAAGAAAUAUUUAAUCUAUAACACAUGCAGCUUGCAUGCUUUAGCAUGAAAGAGUUGAUCCCAGUCUCUCUCAUUUUCAGAUUUCUAUGCUCUAUGUUUCUCUGGGAUGGGGAGUGUAGGUUUGAAGGAAGAUGCUCACCUGAAAAAUAGUUUUCCACCUUGUCUGAUAUUUUAGUUAAGUAGUGGAGUUAAUUUAAUAUUUUCUGGCUUGUUUUGACAUAUCUUUUUGUAUUUUUGCUAGUUUUACGGUCUUUAUAUUGGCUCAAAACGACAAAAAAUGAAGAAUAUGAAAUAAAAUUUUAUAGUUGCCAUGCAUGUGUGUUUUGAAAAAUCAACCAAGUUGGCUUUGAUUGCAAACAAGCAAUAGGUGUGGCAUUUUCAUUUCUUCAGCAGUCUAAUCCUCCAUGAGUAAUGAGUUUCCCAAGUGGGUGUUUCCGAUCAGGCACAGAUCUGGGGGAGAGGGGUUGCGCACCCCCCCCCCCACCCAGAAAUGAUUUGCACCCCUGCAGAGGCAUUUGGCACCACCCCCAAAACUUUUUGCACCCCCACAAAUAAUGUAUAGUUUGAUUUGAUUAUUAAUUCUUACUACUAAAUUUGUAAAAUUACCAAUAUUAUGGUCUCAGAUCUCGCCAUGCAGGCCUAGAAAACAGAUUUUGUUAAACUUUUUCCAGGCGUUGCCACCACGCCCCGGCCAAAGCAAGCAGCAGCACCCCCCAGAUAUUUAUCCACCACCACCCCCCCACCCUGAACAAAAAUAUGAAAAUUCGUCUCUGUUUCUGAUGACAGUUGCAUUAUAUUAUAUCUAGAUGUCUAAUUAAGUUACAUUUUAAUUUUAGGAAGAAAGCUGUUAGAGCUGCAGCCAUCAAGAAAUGGCCUGGCAACAAUAUUCCUAUAUUCAGAAAGAACAAGCAAGAAACAGAACAACUGGACGCUCUUGUUGAUGAACUGGAUGAUUGCAUAUUUGAGACUGUUGGCUUUGACAAAGCAGCAAUUCGGCAGCACAUUAUAGACAUCAUGAACGAAAGGCGACGAAGUGUAAGGAAUGGAUAUGAUUAUACAUCGGUGAGAUAAUUAAUUGUGUAGUAAUCUAAAUUUUAUACUUAUUGAUAUUAAUUAGGGUGCUCAUUGUUUUGAAUAGGAAGUAGUCUGGGCAUGUAUGCAACACCUUCAAAUGCAUUGUGUGCAUGUGUCAAAUUAUUAACUAUAUAUAAAGGAUUAUUUAUUGGAAGAGUAUUGAGUCGGCAUAUUUUUAUAUAUACAUGCUAUUGACUAAGUAUUUGCAUUAACCCAUUUGUGGUACAUAGUAUAUAAGCUUUAAUAAAAUGUUCUGCAUAAUAAAAUGUUUUGCAUAUUCUAUGCAAAGUACAAUAUGUCAUCUAAAAACAAAUCAUUUCGAACUUGCUAAAGGAAUGAAAAAUUUGUACAUGUUCACUCAGUUGAUGUGUUGCGUCGAUGUUCACUCAGUAAUAUGAUAAGGAGAAAAUGUUCUCGAGUGAAAUAUUUCAUAAUGUCCACCACGCUGCCUCGUCCCCAGUCGCUUGCUAUCAAAUAAUUAAUUAGUAAAAGACGAAAAUUAAUGGGGGCGCGCGGGACGAUGGGAAGGGGAGGAGUUGCGAAGCGACUGGCAAAUCCUGCAUUCAAGAUGGUGUCCGCUGCAAUGGCGGACGAAGGAUUGUCGUCCGAUUCAUAUUUGCAUUUCCGACUUUGGAGUGGGGAAGAUUAAAAUAUCUCGGCAAGUAUUUACUCGCCCUUUAAAACGAAAACCACCAUUGAAAUCCUCAUAAAAUAACCUUUCGAACGGGGGGUCAAAUGCCGUCAUAACAUGACACAAACCAAAACAAUCGUAUAUUUACUUGCCGCUUGGCCAAACAUUCUUAUUUCAUAUCGAGAAAAACUUGAAUAUCUUCUAAACUCUUCAGAAUUCGCCCAAGUUAAUAGCAGUAAAAUAUUCCUUGUAUUCAAGCGAUUUUAUGUAGAGAGUUUCGUUUCAAUACGACGAGCAGAAAUAUUUAUUUUGAAUUUUUCAAAAUAUCAGGUUUCUACUCGCACGCGCGUGCCACCGGCUGAAAUUUAGAUAUUUUUAAAUACCGAAAUAAAAGAUACAAAUCUGCAGAUACAAGCUGGAAAAUAACACUCUAAAUAGUGUGUUGGAUUGUGAUUCGAACAAGACUAAUACGAAAAAGAUACGUUGAAAGGAGCCGAAGUUAUAUUCGGAGCCGAAGCUAUAUACACUGAUCUACAAAUAGUAAGGGCUGCGAGACAGUCCACCACGUGCACGGAGAAAAUUCUGCCUGCCACAAGCAGAAUUUCCGAAACCCAGCUGUGGCGGACAGAAUUUUCUGCUUGCAUGCGGUCUGGAAAUUAUUAAAUUUCACUUGAAAACAUUUUCGCCUUACAUAUAGUAGAUACUAUAUUUAUAGUGAAUAAAUAUAAUUUGCAGGUUGACAGAAGGACGUUGAAAAGAAAAAGUGAUCAAAUUGUAGAUAAAGGGUGCAGAGAAAAAGUUAGUUUGAUUAAAAUGAAAACUAACAGCAUCUUUUGAUGAACAAACAACUCUGAUUAGAUGGAACAACAAUCUUUUUUUCAAUAUCUUAGACAUCAUCCCUUGAUGAAGGAAGCACUUCAGAAGAUAAUAACAACACACAAAGUCACAAUUCUGAAACGCAAGAUCCGAACGAUUUGGAAACGCAAGAUCCCAACGAUUUGGAAACACAAGACAAUUCAGAAACAGACCAGCUCACCACCCUGCCAUCCUUUUUUGAUAAAAUUGGCAACUCUAAAGGUGAAAUAUAGUAUGAAGGGUAUAAUAUAUAUAAAUUAGUGUAUAUAUAGAGAUUACUUCAUGGUUGGUGUCACUUGUUCGCUACCCUCACUCGUAACAAUGUCCAUAAAAACUCCAUGUUUGUAGAGUUAAAGCCCUCGUGGAUUCCUGAUGGUUUACUCAUUGAAUCAACAUCUGCUAGAGACAUAUAUACGCACUGUUAUAUAAUAAAGGAUGUCUCAAAAAAAGCUAAUCCAACUACAGUAUGUUGAAUUGAAUUAGAGCCUCUUUGAAUUGAAUUAGAGCCUGCCGGUUUAGUCAAUAAAAAUGCGUCUGUGCCCAUCACUAUUUAUAGUGUUGUCAAUCAAAUGUAAAAUACAAUGUGACAAAUUAAUACAGACACGCCUUAUGUAAUAGCCUGCGAAUAUAUAUGUAAACAAAACGCAUAUCUUGAUUUCAACGCAUGAUUUUUUACAACAUUAAAAGCACUUGUCUUUCUUUCAAACAACCCUGAAAUUUCCUGAAGUAGCAAUAGUAAGUGAAUUCACAUAGACACCACGACUUGAGUUUGAACAACUACGGCAUACUAGAAUGCUCAAGAAUGCAAAUUAUAGUUGCCUUUGUCUUAGAGUAAAGAUGCUAUUGUUGAUAUAAGAACGUUGUAUUUGCCAAACUCUCUUAUACAGCAAAAACAUCGUUUCCGUCUAGAAUAUUGUUAAGAGCUUUUGACUGUCCAUCCUUUAACUUUAAACAAAGAUUUAGUUUUCUAUACAACUCGCUAUAGAACGAUAUUUUUCGAUUUGAAUCUAUUGUUGUGUAAAUUCAAUUACCUUUUAUGGCAGUAUAAUGUAGUUAAUUCAAUUUCAACCAAUGGGAACCCUGCGUCGUUCUAAGCAACGCACAGACGCGUUUUUAUUAGCUAGGCCUCCAGGCUCUCUCAAAUUUCAAAGAGAGUUCAAAGAGAGCCUGUUCGUAGGCUAGUGUGUAAAUUACUUGGUAAACGAGCAUAAUUUUUUAUAUUAAGAAAUAUCAGGCUUUUAGCUGUUGAAUGAGCACAAUUUCAUAGCAUAAUGAGCAAUUUCAUAGCACACAUAUAUGGAGAAAAAAUGAAUUAAUACGAGCUCGAUUGAAAAUCUUGAUCAAAAUCGAAUUCUUUCACCACUGCGCCUAAUUUUUCACAUAAGUUUUCACGAAUGUGUCAAAACUGGCUUUCAAGCUCGUAUUUACUCAUUUUUCCUCCAAAUGGUAUGAAAAAUGUGUCAUUCAACAGCCAAAAGCCUGAUCUUUAAUAUAAAAAAUUACGUUUACCAAGUAAUUUACGCACAAUAGGGUGCUAAAUUUGGAUAACUUUUUUUUAAUACACCCUGUGUAUAGUUUCGUUUUGUAGAAAACACCACGUAAAAUUAUCUACACAACAAAAUUAUUUUCUAUGAAAAAAAAACUGUAUUGUAUUUAUCGCCAUGCAAUUAGCUUCAAAGAACUUAAUAUACUACUGUUUUUUGUCAAUAGGCCACCAGAAGGAAAAUGAGCUUUCUCUUGAAGAUUGUAAGAUUAUUGUGACAGUUGCAUUUGGGGCAAUUAAGUAUUCUGAUGUCCCGAGAAGCUGGAUAACUCCAUUACUAAAAAAAUAUAUGCAUAGUGUGCCUAGUACCAUGAGCAAGGACAAUGCUGUGAGGAAGCUGGCACCUGAAUUGAUUGAUAGAAAGAUUGUGGAAGUAACCUCUGAGCCAGGAGAUUGUAAUAUAUCAAGAUGUAUGGUCAAAAGACUGCAAAAGUUGUAA